GUGAGACUGAAGUAAUGGCUGCUGAAAAUUUAACUUUGCCAUUUUUUCUUGCACUAUAUAUCUGACUAUAUAAAAUACAUUUAUUUAAAAAAUAUGAAUAAAUGUGUAUGUGUGAUUGCAGUGCGGACCAGGAGGUUGUCUGAUAGAACUGGAUGAGCAGCUCUCCAUCAUCAUGGUGGGAAAACAACUUCUCAACAACAUUCAGGAGUUUGUCAUACCAUACGUGUCUCUGUCAGAGCCCAACUCUCCAUCAAACUAGUCUUAUUUUUUUUGCAGCUGCUUAUUACAUUGUAGUAAACCACGUAGUAUUUGAAUGAAAAGACUUAAGUCUCAAUACUGCAAUACUCUGUCCUCUGAGAAAAGAAAGCCAGCACUGUAGUUCAGUGCUGCAGGGUGGGCACAGCAGUCUUCUGUGGAAGUGUAUGUGUGGGUCAGGCUUAGAUGAGAUGAAUUAAUGAACAUCUUAAAAGCAAAAUCUUUCCUGUGAUGGUUAGAUUUAUGGGUAGUGGAUAAAAAUAUCAAAUUAGAAAUAAAACAACUGUCAUAAAACAGCUACUAUCAUAGAAGCUGUGUGCUUUCAUGCAUCAGUAUGAGAAUAAAAAUGUGUGUAAACAUGAGCUUUAAUUAAACAAUAGCUUUAUGAAUCCUGAUUGAUUUGAUUAUUGAUGCAUCUGUAUAUAUCACUGUUGGGUGCAAUGAGCAGGCAGAUGACUGUAUCACUGCCAGUACUGCAGCAUAUCUCUUCUUUAAUGUGGCAGAUCUAGUGGUUUAGCAGAAUAAAUGCCACACAGAAGCUUUUAGCACUCCCUCAUCAAUAAUGCAUCACCAGAGUCAAACUCGGGCAAAACCGAAUCUUUCUAAAUGAACACAGUUGAAUUUUAGACCUAGAAAUAGCCUCAGAAGAGCCAUCAUCAUCAUCAUCAUCAACAAAACAGUGUGUUUAUUGCUUUGGCUGUCUAAUUCUAUCUUUCGCGCUCACUGCUUUUCAGUAAAAUAAAGUCUAGUAGACAGAAACAGGCCUUAUCAUCUGUGAAAAAGGCCCAGAAGGCAGAGGAGCCCAAGCGCUGGGAGCAGGACUACGAGUUGAUUCCAUGUGAGGGGCUUUUUGUUGAGUGUCAGGAGAUUGUCCUGUAGUUUGGCUUCAUCACCAUUUUUGUGGCGGCCUUCCCUCUGGCUCCUCUCUUCAGACUGUUGAAUAACUGGGUGGAAGUAAGGCUGGACGCUUAUAAGUUUGUGUGUGAAUACCGGAGACCUGUGGCAGAGCGAGCCCAGCACAUCGGUGUGUGGUUCAUCAUACUAGAGGCGCUGUCCCAUGUGUCUGUCAUAGUCAAUAUAUAAAGCAUUACGGGAUGAGAAUGGGAAAUACAGCCAGAAGCUUCCAAUACACCAGUGUGUAAGACUGGGCUUUAUCAUUGCCUUUGAGCAUGUGGUGUUCUUUGUCCUGCGUGUCAUCGACUGGAUGGUUCCAGACAUCCCUGAGUCCUUGGAGCUGAAGAUCAAGCGGGAGUGUUACCUGGCUAAGCAGGCGCUGGCUGAUAAACAGGAGGCCCUGCGGUGCGUUCCUACACCAUUCAGCCUGCAGGAAGAGUUGGUUGGUACUUGUCAAGGGGAUUGAUAAGAACUCUUGGAUCAUCUUGGCUCAACGUUGUGAGUUGGAGAGCAGUUAAGCGGAAACAAAGUAACCGAGAGGAAAACAAGGCAUUCAUGGACACUAUAACACCUCAGCCACAAUCCUGGAUGAGUUGGAUUCGCACACUGGAGUUGGACCCCAUCCAGCCCACAGUCCACUAAUACAAAUGAGUACCCAUGUGCUUUCUGAGCUAUGCUUCCCGGCUAUGGAUUCUCUCCUCUCCUUGAUGUCCAGCCUCACCUCCAAGCAUUCCAUUGCAGAGGCGAGAGCUCUGACAUGUGGUACCCAGGCUCAGUGGAGACCCAGGCUCUGAGUGACUCUAGGGAAGGUAGGCCUCUCCUGCGACAGCAUCAACACAUUGCUGUGUGUCAGCAAGAGACAUUGGCCUUCAUUGACCUUCAACAGCAAAGCGUUAAUGGUUUCCAAUCACAGACAUUGGAAAACUGUAGUUCCUCUCUUUGCUCCAAGCCUAUUAGAUGCAAUGGAAAUGGUCCAACUGAUUUUGUCGAAACUGGGAGUACAGACACAACACUAGACAAUUAUUUAACCCAGGAUACCAAUAAUGUGGAAGGGGCUCAGGAUCAGAUGUGGACACCCAUUACUGCCUUACCUGAAACAGUAUAUGAAAAACCUGAACCAGGAGUUGAGGGUCUCAGUUCUCGGGAUUUGUCUCUGCCUCUAUCCCCUACAUACGAUCCUGAGAACAGGAACUCUUUGGAGCCUCAGCAGCUGAGCUCCCCCCCUUCCUCCUCAGAUUUCCAGAGUCGGGAUCCAUGUCGCCUUCAAAGACGAACCUCUUUGGGAUCCAUAAAGGAGAAGUCCAUAAGGCGCAAGAUGAGGGUGUACUCUCCAGACACUCUGAGUGAUGGGUCCAUCAGCAGCCCAGGUGUGGAGUGUGAUUACCUGCUUCCAACAUCCUUCGAAUCAUUCGUAGAAGGAGGCCUUGGCAUGGUGGGUUCUACCAUACCCACAUCUCAUAGUUCCAGCUCUCUCCCAGGGGUAGAUGAGGACCUCUCUCUUACCUUACCAAUGCCGCCAAAACCUUUCUUAGACCCCCCUCAGGAGGAUGCCAGAUUGGAGGGGGACACAAAUGAUGGGGGGAGGCAGAGGUUGGGCCUGGAGGACCGUGGGUCUCUGGAAGGCCCUGCCGUUAACAGUGGGACCUCACUGUCUCUGUCCCGUUCUCGCUCAGCAGACGAGCGCCGGCGCUUCUCUGCCUCUGAGCUCAUCUCUCGUCUACAACUCUCCCAGAGGAAAAACUCUUUUACCCUUAAGCUGGGCAAGUCUCUUUCUGCUCGUGUGGCCUCCCGGGACCGCCAUCUGUCUGGAAACCUCAGCUCAGACUACAAACCCAACUCCAGACAUCACUUCUCAGGGGGAUCAGGUGACAGUGCACCACACAGUCCAGUGGGGUCUGCGCCACCUCUGCCCUCUGCUGACUGUAAUCUGCCACAGCAAAGGAGGAUUUCCAAGCAAAGUAUGAGAGAGGUUUCCAUUGAUGAGGAUGGAGACAGUCCUCCCAGUAACUCUAAACGCUUAUCACGCUUCCUGCCGAACUUGAUUUUGUAUCAGGAAUACAGUGACGUUGCUAUUAACAGAGAGAUACAGAGGCAGCAGGGGGCGGAGCCAGGAACCGAUGAAGAAAGAGGAGACUCUGUGUCCUCUGGCAACCUUUCCCCAUCCAGUUCAUUCCGCUCAUCUCGAGGCUCCGCCUUUUCCCUUUGGCAGGAUAUUCCUGAUGUUCGGUCCAGUGGACAACUUGACAACUUCAGCAAUGAAGAGCGUAAACUGCAGGAGGCCAAGUUUGAGUUGGUGACGUCAGAGGCCUCAUACAUACGCAGCUUGUCUAUUGUAGUUGACCACUUCAUGAUGUCUCCUGAGCUGUCGGAGUGUCUUGGGACACAGGAAAGGCAGUGGCUUUUCUCAAAACUGCCUGAUGUCAAAGAAGUCAGUGAGAGAUUUCUUCAAGAUUUGGAGCAUAGGUUAGAAGAGGACAUUCUGCGUUUUGAUGUGUGUGACAUUGUCCUGGACCACUGUCCUGCACUGCGGCGGGUUUAUCUGCCUUAUGUCACCAAUCAAGCCUAUCAGGAACAGACCUAUCAGCGGCUACUGCAAGAGAAUCCCCGUUUCCCGGGAAUCCUUGCCCGUCUGGAAGAGGACCCAGUGUGCCAGAGGCUGCCUCUUACAUCAUUCCUUAUCCUUCCUUUUCAAAGGAUCACACGCCUCAAAAUGCUUGUGGAGAAUAUCCUAAAGAGAACAACGCCUGGAUCACGAGAUGAGGACACUGCCACCAAAGCACUUAAUGAGCUUAAAAAGAUUAUAAAGGAAUGUAACUCUAGUGUGCAGAGCAUGAAGAGGAUGGAAGAACUAAUUCAUCUAAACAAGAAAAUUCACUUUGAGGGCAAGAUUUUUCCUCUAAUCUCUCAGUCUCGCUGGCUGGUCAAACAUGGUGAACUGCUCGAAGUGGACACACAGAACUUGAGUAUUUCUGGGUCUAAGUUGAAAGUUACCACUCGGCCUGUGUACCUUCACCUGUUUAAUGACUGUCUUCUGUUGUCCAGAAGGAAGGACACAUGGAAGUUCAUGGUGUUUGUACAUGCAAAGAUUGAAGACCUCAAGGUGAAAGAUCUAAGCCAGAAACUUCAGGGAAUCCCAGGCUUCAUCUUCUAUCUGCAGUUAUGUGAGGGACAACAGCUAAAACACCAGAUUCUGCUCAAGUCGCCCACAGAGAGCAGCAAACAGAGGUGGAUAACUGCUAUGUUUCCCUCCGAUCUAAAGACAGCUAUUGAGCAGACCAAUGAAAAUGAUGAUCUAUCUCAAGUCCAGUGCAUAAAGAGCUACCAGUCUCAGGAGCACGAUGAGUUAACGCUGGAGAAGGCAGACAUCCUUCAAGCUGUAACCAUUACAAGUGAUGGGUGGGUAGAGGGGAUCCGGUUGUCGGAUGGAGAGAGGGGCUGGUUCCCCAAAACUUACGUGGAGGAGAUCACAAGCCGCAGUGCUCGUUUGCGAAACCUCCGUGAAAACAUUCGCAUUAAAUGUGUCUCACAAAAAUUAGAGGGAGAGACCCUCUGAGACCUUGAAGUAUGGGACAUUGUUUUACCUAAAGCUUGUUGGUUUCCCAAACCAGAAUACAUUUUUGUGAAUAUUCCAGAUUUCCAUGGCUAACAUUUUAGAUUUAGUAAGGUAUGCUGUAAAAAUCUAAAAUUGAUUGCUGAUAGGAUAAAUAAAACUAAGCAUCGCAUCUAUGGAGGACUUAAAGUGACGCAUAAAACACAUCUAAUUAAUUUAUUAAAUUGAAAAUAAAAAUACAUAUAAAUCACUUUGCAAAGUUUUACAAAUAUAUUUAAAAAAUAUGUAAUUAAUGAUUACAAUAAUGUUUGAAUAUUAAGAUAAAAUUAUAUAAUGAUGCAUUUCAAUUUUACAAAUGAAUUUUGAUGAAUGUUUCCUUGACAAUGGAAAAAUGGUUUCAUACACUGCCGUUCAAAAGUUUGGGAUCAGUAAGAUUUGUAAUUUUUUUUUUUUUUUUUUUAAAGAAGACUAUUCUGCUCAUAAAGGCUGCGUUAAUUAAAUCAGAAAUACAGAAAAAAACUGUAAUAUUGUGAAAUAAUAUUGCAAUUUAAAAUAAUGUUUUUUUAUUUUAAUAUACUUUAAAAUAUAAUUUAUUCUUGUGAUGCUAGGCUGAAUGUUCAUCAGCGUCAUUACUCUAGCCUUCAGUGUCACAUGAUCCUUCAGAAAUCUUGCUUAAUGUGUGUGUUUUUGUUUUUUGGAACCUGUUAUAUUUUUUUU